AUGCUGGCGCCGUUGCUGCCCGUGCUGCUGGUGGCUGUUGCCUCGGCCUCUGGGAAGCCCGUCUACUCUGCCAGUGCCCGGGUGGUCAACGGCGAGGAUGCAGUCCCCUACAGCUGGCCCUGGCAGAUCUCACUCCAGUAUGAGAAAGACGGUGUCUUCCGGCACACCUGCGGGGGGUCCCUCAUAGCCCCCAACUGGGUCAUGACCGCUGCUCACUGCAUCUCAAAGUCCCGCAAGUACCAGGUGGUGCUGGGCGAGUACGACAUGGGCGCGGAGGAGGGGGCGGAGCAGCGCAUCCCCGUGAACUCUGGUGACAUCUUCGUGCACCCCAAGUGGAUCUCCAUCUGUGCGGCCUGCGGCAACGACAUCGCCCUGAUGAAGCUCUCCCGCAGCGCGCAGCUGAGCGCGAAGGUGCAGCUGGCCGGCCUGCCCCCGGCGGGGCAGGUCUUGCCCAACGGGUACCCCUGCUACAUCAGCGGCUGGGGGCGGCUCUCCAGUACCCGCCUGGCUCUAAUCCGCGUUGCGCCGCCCCCAGCGGGGGGACCCCUCCCCUCCAAGCUGCAGCAGGCCCUGCUCCCCGUGGUGGACAACGAACACUGCAACCAGCCCGACUGGUGGGGCGGCGUGAUCCGGCAGAGCAUGGUCUGCGCCGGAGGCGACAUCCGGGCCGGCUGCAACGGCGACUCCGGGGGCCCCCUGAACUGCCAGGGCAAUGAUUCGAAGUGGUACGUGCAAGGCAUCGCCAGCUUCGUCUCCAGCCUGGGGUGCAACGCCCUGAAGAAGCCCACCGUCUUCACCCGCGUCUCCGAUUUCAUCGCCUGGAUCGACGAAGCUGAGCGGCUGCCGCAGUCCGGAGAAUGUGGGCAUCCCGGCACCUGGAACGGGAUGAGAGCAGAUGAGCGGCCGCGCGACGCUACGCAGUGGCUGCCCAGAACUCAGAGCCACCACCGGAAAGGUCCCGCAGGCCGGGCUUCCUUCCCGAACGACCCGUUUGCUUUUCUUCCAGACCAUGGAGCAACACCCAUGACGAGGCGCUGGCAUCCGGGGAAGAUCCUCCUACUUCUGGAAUAA